CCUCGAUAGAUUCGAUAUAUUGUAGUCCCACCACUAUAUCUCGGAAAUCAUUACAUUAUAAAUUUAUACGUAAAUAUAUGCCUAUUGUAUUCGGAGUUUGGAAGGCGGGUAGAUUUAUGAUGGCUUCCAUGUCAGACAACGGAAUAGUACUAAAGGAAUAUCAAAAGAAAUUGAAAACAAUGAAAAAGAAAUAUUUUGUUUUGCACAAGGAAACAAGAACUAAGAAAGCAAGAUUGGUGUAUUACGAUAGUGAAAAGAAAUUUCUUCAAAAUGCACCACCAAAACGAGAGAUAUAUGUGGCAGAUUGCUUUAGUAUAAAUCGACGACUUGACACCAAACAUAAGUAUGUCUUAGCCAUAUCAUCAAAAGAUGGCGGCUUUGGAAUCGUCAUGAAUUCCGAAGAAGACUUAAAGAAAUGGUUAACUAACUUGCUAUACAUUCAACGAAAUACAAAUGGAAUUCAGACAGAGUACGACCAUGUUUGGCAAGUUGUUGUCCAAAAAAAAGGCAUUUCUGAAAGUGUUGGGAUUACGGGCACCUAUCAUUGCUGCCUAACAUCGAAGUCACUAACAUUUGAAUGCUUUGGAAAUGAAGUUGAUCGAAUUUAUAAAGUUGAAAUACUUUUAAACACGAUAAGAAGAUGUGGUCACGCGUCUCCACAAAACAUUUUUUUCAUGGAACUGGGGCGACAGAGUGUUUUGGGCGCUGGUGAACUUUGGAUGGAAACAGAGGAUGCAGCAGUUGCUAAACAUAUGCACGAUAAGAUAUUAAGCGCAAUGUCUGCUAAAACGGAGUCGAAUAUGAAUCUUUUAAAUGUACAAAAAGGAGUUUCGGACCUGAGCAGUGAACCGAUGAGAAAGCGAUCUUCGUCAGCCAAUGAGGCGUCUAAACCUAUUAACGUUUUACAAAAACGUCAAAAUCCUAUUGAAACACGAAGUAGUUUUUCACCGCAGUACAACAGCUAUGGACGAGAACGCUGCGACAGCUUACCAACUAGAAGUCGGACGUUGAGCGAAUGCAGUAAUCAUACUUAUGUGGAAUUGAAGAAUGCGCAACGCUGUAACACGAUAUCGGGAACGCGGUCAUAUUUAAUUCAAAGAAACAUUGACAGCCCAAUAUCAUAUUCAAUGAAGUGCUCUGAAAGCGAAGGAUCAUCCAUAAGUAUUGACGAUGCCUAUGAUAAAUCUGUGCAUGACGCUUAUCGAAUAAACUCAAUAAGUUCCAAGGCAAUGAUACCCGAAGAAAAUAUUGAUGAUGAUUUUUUAGAUAGUAAUAAAGUCUCGCGAAUCACUGGAUUAAACAAUUUACUCAAUGUUGUCCACAGAGACUCGAAAAUGGAUUUUACCGACCACUUAUCUCAAAUAUUAGUUCAUGACGCUGAUAUUGAUAACCAGUGUGAUCGUCCAAGCCGAGCUUAUUCAAUUGGAAGUAAAGUUGAACACCUAAAACGGAAUAAACUUCUUGGAAAUAUAAAUGAAGUCGAUAAUACAUCACCGCGGGUUCGAGCAUAUUCGGUUGGAUCAAAGUCAAAUAUACCACGUUGCGAAAUUCAGCGAGGUGUUGUCUCCAAGUUAAAAAAGGGACACAUUCAUAAAGGGAGCAUAUGCAACGUAGAUGGUCAGACAUGCACUGAAAGGUUCGGAUACAAUUCUCCAAAGGAAAUGAAAUCGACGAGUGCGCCUCUUCUAAAUGUAAGAAAUUUCAUUAGUCCAGUACGCAUGAGUGAUUUAAUGGAAAUCGAUUUCUCCAAUGGCACUCCAACAUCCACUAGUUCACAACAAUUAUCGUUAAGAAAUUGUCAAGUACCUAAAAAUGUGCAAGCUGAAUUCCCAAUUCAUAAAAGUGCUCCUAUCGCAAAUCCAGGUUUAAAUGGAACUAGCAAGCUGAUCAGGCAAAAUGACUUGAUCAGUAAAUUUAGAGCACCCAAAUCUGAAGAAAACUCAGAGAGUGGCUAUUUAGAGAUGAAACCAGUUAGUAUGGUGAACACUUCCUUUAAACAAAUAAGCAUUGAUGAAGACCAGAGUGAGAAGUUGAGGACUCAAAGUCAAUUCCUCUUACAAGUGCAAGCGCGGGAUGAAGCUAACAAUGAUAAUAAAAUUUCCUCAGAAGGGUCAGAAAAGAAUGCAGAUUUACCAGAGUCUCAAUAUAAAACGAACAUCAAUUCAGAGAAAUCAGAAAGUAUUGAGAAAUCCCACCCCGAAAGUGAUUUGCAUACCAAAAUGAAAAACACACUAUUAAAUUUUGCCUUAGAUAUAAGUAAUGCAACUACAGCUGGAAGAAAAUUAAUACAUUCGAUUAGUAACGAAGACUACACGAAAAAUCUAAGUAAAUCAAAUGCAGCUGAUUCAAAUGAUGUCGGCUACCAAAUUCUGCAAAUCAAAAGUGAUAGUUCUCUAAUUUCAAAGAAUAAAAAUCAAAGGCCAUCCUAUAAGCCACAAUGUGGUCGACAAAAUCUUCUAGACGGUGUAAAUAGAAUGGAUAAAAAAGAGCAAGUUUUAAAUACAAACACUAAAUCUAAUUUGUUAAAGGAAAAAGAAACAAAUAUUUUAAAUGAGGAGACAGUAUCAGAAAGUGUUCAAAAUAAGAAUGAGAAAAAGUUACCUUCAGGCGUGUGCGAAUAUGAACUUUAUUAUGCAAGUUUAGACCUUCCACAAAGUAGCGGACAAUUGGCAACAAAUUGCCUUAAGAAAGUCUCAUGUGAAUCUCCGCCAAUUCCAAGUUGCUUUGAGAACACCAGCUCAUAUGCAAAAAUUGAUUUCGAUCAAUCUGAUUCAUCGUCUGCUUCAUCAAAAAUUUGUAAUAUCUAAAAUCUAAUAUAAGUAUAAAUAAAAACGCUUUUCAUA